AUGUGUAUGAAUGUAAGGAAUUUAAGUCGAAGUUGUUGUCGUUUGUUUGUUGGUCACACAUACACACACACGCACUCACACUGUGGGGGCUGACCAGGAUGCCAAGAUGACGACCAAGAUCGAAGACCACCACAUCCUCACAUAUCUUUGCUUAUAAUCAUAUAAUUACUUGCACAUUUAUUUUUAUUUUAUUUUAUUUAUUUCACCUUUAUUUAACCAGGUAAGCCAGUUGAGAACAGGUUCUCAUUUACAACUGCGACCUGGCCAAGAUAAAGCAAAGCAGUGCAAUAAAAACAACACAGAGUUACAUAUGAGGUAAAAAACAUAAAGUCAAAAAUACAACAGAAAAUAUAUAUAUACAGUGUGUGCAAAUGUAGCAAGUUAUGGAGGUAAGGCAAUAAAUAGGCUAUAGUGCAAAAUAAUUACAAUAGUAUUAACACUGGAAUGCUAGAUGUGCAAGAGAUUAUGUGCAAAUAGAGAUACUGGGGUGCAAAAUAGCAAAAUAAAUAACAAUAUAGGGAUGAGGUAGUUGGGUGGGCUAAUUUCAGAUGGGCUGUGUACAGGUGCAGUGAUCGGUAAGGUGCUCUGACAACUGAUGCUUAAAGUUAUUGAGGGAGAUAAGAGUCUCCAGCUUCAGAGAUUUUUGCAAUUCGUUCCAGUCAUUGGCAGCAGAAAACUGGAAGGAAUGGCGGCCAAAGGAGGUGUUGGCUUUGGGAAUGACCAGUGAGAUAUACCUGCUGGAGCGCAGACUACGGGUGGGUGCUGCUAUGGUGACCAAUGAGCUAAGAUAAGGCGGGGAUUUUCCUAGCAGUGAUUUAUAGAUGGCCUGGAGCCAGUGGGUUUGACGACGAACAUGUAGUGAGGACCAGCCAACAAGAGCGUACAGGUCACAGUGGUGGGUAGUGUAUGGGGCUUUGGAGACAAAACGGAUGGCACUGUGAUAGACUACAUCCAAUUUGCUGAGUAGAGUGUUGGAGGCUAUUUUCUAAAUGACAUCGCCGAAGUCAAGGAUCGGUAGGAUAGUCAGUUUUACGAGGGCAUGUUUGGCAGCAUGAGUGAAGGAGGCUUUGUUGCGAAAUAGGAAGCCGAUUCUAGAUUUAACUUUGGAUUGGAGAUUCUUUAUGUGAGUCUGGAAGUUGAGUUUACAGUCUAACCAGACACCUAGGUAUUUGUAGUUGUCCACAUACUCUAUGUCAGACCCGUCGAGAGUGGUGAUUCUAGUCGGGUGGGCGGGUGCCAGCAGCGUUCGAUUGAAAAGCAUGCAUUUAGUUUUACUAGUGUUUAAGAGCAGUUGGAGGCUACUGAAGGAGUGUUGUAUGGCAUUGAAGCUUGUUUGGAGGUUUGUUAACACAGUGUCCAAUGACGGGCCAGAUGUAUACAAAAUGGUGUCGUCUGCGUAGAGGUGAGAGUCACCAGCAGCAAGAGCGACAUCAUUGAUAUACACGGAGAAAAGUGUCGGCCCAAGAAUUGAACCCUGUGGCACCCCCAUAGAGACUGCCAUAGGUCCAGACAACAGGCCCUCCGAUUUGACACACUGAACUCUAUCUGAGAAGUAGUUGGUGAACCAGGCGAGGCAGUCAUUUGAGAAACCAAGGCUAUUUAGUCUGCCAAUAAGAAUGCGGUGGUUGACAGAGUCGAAAGCCUUGGCCAGGUCGAUGAAGACGGCUGCACAGUACUGUCUAUUAUCAAUCGCGGUUAUAAUAUCGUUUAGGACCUUGAGCGUGGCUGAAGUGCACCCAUGACCAGCUCGGAAACCGGAUUGCAUAGCGGAGAAGGUACGGUUGUAUUCGAAAUGGUCGGUGAUCUGUUUGUUAACUUGGCUUUCAAAUACUUUCGAAAGGCAGGGCAGGAUGGAUAUAGGUCUGUAGCAGUUUGGAUCUAGAGUGUCACCCCCUUUGAAGAGGGGGAUGACCGCGGCAGCUUUCCAAUCUCUGGGGAUCUCAGACGUUAUGAAAGAGAGGUUGAACAGACUAGUAAUAGGGGUUGCGACAAUUUCGGCGGCUAGUUUUAGAAAGAAAGGGUCCAGAUUGUCUAGCCCAGCUGAUUUGUAGGGGUCCAGAUUUUGCAGCGCUUUCAAAACAUCAGCUGUCUGAAUUUGUGUGAAGGAGAAGCGGGGGGGGCAUGGGCAAGUUGCAGCAGAGGGUGCAGAGUUGGUGGCCGGGGUAGUGGUAGCCAGAUGGAAAGUAUGGCCAGCUGUAGUAAAAUGCUUGUUGAAAUUCUCGAUUAUUGUAGAUUUAUCGGUGGUGAUAGUGUUUCCUAGCCUCAGUGCAGUGGGCAGCUGGGAGGAAGUGCUCUUAUUCUCCAUGGACUUCACAUAACUUGAAACGGUCUGAAGUAUAGGUCUACAGGCUUUCCAUUUGUCUAUGUAUCAGAUGUCAAAUCAGAUAGUUCUAUUGGAAGUAUUUCAAAUACUAUUUUCAAAUACCUGGGUUUGUCACGUCUACUCCCGCUCCGGCGCUCGAAAGUUUACUAAUCCCUGGUCCUGGCAACCCAUCAAUACUCACACCGGGCAACCAUCAUCACACCCGUCGCUAUGGGCGGGACCACCCCCCAAAAUACUUUAAAGUACUACUUAAGUCGUUUUUGGGGAUAUAUGUACUUGAUUUGACUAUUCAUAUUUAUUACAACUUUACUUUACGUACUUUAUAAUAUCAUAUAUUUUCCCUGAAAAUAGAAUUUACUCAUUAUCCUCCUGUAGCUCAGUUGGUAGAGCAUGGCGCUUGCAUCGCCAGGGUUGUGAGUUCGAUUCCCACGGGCGGCCAGUAUGAAAAAAUGAAUGCGCUCACUGAAAUUGUAAGUUGCUCUGGAUAAGAACGUCUGCUAAAUGACUAAAAUGUAAAUACAUUUAGAAUGUUCAUUUCUUUAUUUUUUAAGGUUUUCUUUAGCUUAUAGUAUUUUGUCUGUUUCAAUAUCAGUUGACUAUUGGUUACUGUCUCCUGCAAUCAAUUGUUAUUCUCUAGUCAGACAUACUAUUUGUGUGGUUUUCUGCUUUGUUUUAGGAUCAUUUUCACAUCGUCAGCAGGUUGCUUUGUGUUUUCCUUGUGCACUUUCAGUUAGGGUUGGAAGGACAGUCAGUCAUCCCAUCCUAUCCCAUCAUAUCCCAUCCUACCCCAUCAUAUCAUACAGGAGAGCAAUUUGGUCCAAUUCCACCUAUCAAUAUAAUGCGUUGUCAUUCCUACUGUUGCUGAUCUGGCCGACCCACUAAACACAAAUACUGUGUUUGUCAAUUAUGUCCAGAGUGUUGGUGUGUGCCCCUGUCUUUCGGUAAAUACAAAUUUAAAAAACAAUCGUGCCAUCUUGUUUGCUCAAUAUAAGGAAUUUUAUGUAUAGCAUUUACUUUUACAGUAUGACAGCAGUUAAAUAUGACAAAUUAGUACUUUUUCCACCACUGUACUUAAGUACAUUUAAAACCAGAUACUUUUAGACUUAGAUUUUUACUGGGCAACUUUCACUUUUACUUGAGUUAUUUUCUAUUAAGGUAUCUUUACUUUUACUCAAGUAUGACAAUUGAGUACUUUUUCCACCACUGUGUAUCUGCCCAUCUUCCUUUACCCCAGCUCCCCAGCUAACAACAAACGUUCCCUCAACUUUAGAGAACUUUCACUUAAGAGUCUCAUUACGUCAUUAUUAACUAAUGUUUUCAUAGGAAUGUUCCCGUGAAGUGCAAGGAAUGUUUCCAAGAGACCAUUCCCUUAAUGUAAAAUAGAACUUACCCAGAACGUGGUUACUAUGUUCUCAGAACUUAAUGGGAACGUUGCAAGAACAUUCAUGUGUCCAGUUUUCUGUGAGUUAGAAGGAUAUUCCAUCAAUGUCCUACCAAACAUACACAGAACAUGGUUGCCAUGUUCUCAGAUUCUAAAAUAUUAAUGUUCUAGACACGUUAAAUAAGAACAGUGCAAGAACAUUCAAGUGUCCAGUUUUCUGUGGGUUAGGAGACUAUUCAAACAAAAUCGCAGCACCUCCACCCCCAAACUACUACCCGCGGCUAUGUUCGUUAUAUGUUGUCAGUAUGUGCAUGGACUACAAGUAGUGUAAAUAUGUAGUUACAAGUUCUUUACAUAUAUUGAAAGGACAUUUCAGAACCUUUGAAAUUCACACCCAUUUCAAAGAAGCAACCAUUCCCACCCAGCAAACAGCCUCUUUCGAAGUGCUGACGGCUGUGAAAAUACAAUGUAUUUUUUCUAAGCAUUUUUUAAAUGGAUAUUCUUAAUACUGUUUUGUCCCUGUUUCAACAUUUAAAAAUCCUAAUAGUCUUUGUUUGGGAUGGAAAUAAAGUAUUGAAUCUUGAUGUUAUGUGUGUUAUGCUAUUUAUCUGUGAUUUAGCAGUGAAUUGUGCAGUCCCAGUAUGACCACAAGAGGACACCACUCACCUGUUUUAAUGUUGAGAGAAGUUUGCCAAGGGAGUUAACGGCAUAGAAUUAGGAAUUACAAUAGUAAUUUAAUAGGAGCUAUAUGGUCCUUCCCUUGCAUUUGUAUAUUAUUAUUAUUAUUAUUAUUAUUAUCAUUAUUGUCAUUAUUGACAUCAUCUAUGAAAUGGCAGCAGUUGAGAGAAGUUUGCCAAGUGAGUCAACAGCAAUGUCAUAAAGAUUACAUUGUACAGUGGGGAAAAAAAGUAUUUAGUCAGCCACCAAUUGUGCACGUUCUCCCACUUAAAAAGAUGAGAGAGGCCUGUCAUUUUCAUCAUAGGUACACGUCAACUAUGACAGACAAAUUGAGAAAAGAAAAUCCAGAAAAUCACAUUGUAGGAUUUUUAAUGAAUUUAUUUGCAAAUUAUGGUGGAAAAUAAGUAUUUGGUCACCUACAAACAAGCAAGAUUUCUGGCUCUCACAGACCAGUAACUUCUUCUUUAAGAGGCUCCUCUGUCCUCCACUCGUUACCUGUAUUAAUGGCACCUGUUUGAACUUGUUAUCAGUAUAAAAGACACCUGUCCACAACCUCAAACAGUCACACUCCAAACUCCACUAUGGCCAAGACCAAAGAGCUGUCAAAGGACACCAGAAACAAAAUUGUAGACCUGCACCAGGCUGGGAAGACUGAAUCUGCAAUAGGUAAGCAGCUUGGUUUGAAGAAAUCAACUGUGGGAGCAAUUAUUAGGAAAUGGAAGACAUACAAGACCACUGAUAAUCUCCCUCGAUCUGGGGCUCCACGCAAGAUCUCACCCUGUGGGGUCAAAAUGAUCACAAGAACGGUGAGCAAAAAUCCCAGAACCACACGGGGGGACCUAGUGAAUGACCUGCAGAGAGCUGGGACCAAAGUAACAAAGCCUACCAUCAGUAACACACUACGCCACCAGGGACUCAAAUCCUGCUUAAGCCAGUACAUGUCCAGGCCCGUCUGAAGUUUGCUAGAGUGCAUCCAGAAGAGGAUUGGGAGAAAGUCAUAUGGUCAGAUGAAACCAAAAUAUAACUUUUUGGCAAAAACUCAACUUGUCGUGUUUGGAGGACAAAGAAUGCUGAGUUGCAUCCAAAGAACACCAUACCUACUGUGAAGCAUGGGAGUGAAAACAUCAUCCUUUGGGGCUGUUUUUCUGCAAAGGGACCAGGACGACUGAUCCGUGUAAAGGAAAAAUGAAUGGGGCCAUGUAUCGUGAGAUUUUGAGUGAAAACCUCCUUCCAUCAGCAAGGGCAUUGAAGAUGAAACGUGGCUGGGUCUUUCAGCAUGACAAUGAUCCCAAACACACCGCCCGGGCAACGAAGGAGUGGCUUCGUAAGAAGCAUUUCAAGGUCCUGGAGUCUCCAGAUCUCAACCCCAUAGAAAAUCUUUGGAGGGAGUUGAAAGUCCGUGUUGCCCAGCGACAGCCCCAAAACAUCACUGCUCUAGAGGAGAUCUGCUUGGAGGAAUGGGCCAAAAUACCAGCAACAGUGUGUGAAAACCUUGUGAAGACUUACAGAAAACGUUUGACCUGUGUCAUUGCCAACAAAGGGUAUAUAAGAAAGUAUUGAGAAACUUUUGAUAUUGACCAAAUACUUAUUUUCCACCAUAAUUUGCAAAUAAAUUCAUUAAAAAUCCUACAAUGUGAUUUUCUGGAUUUUUUUUUCUCAUUUUGUCUGUCAUAGUUGACGUGUACCUAUGAUGAAAAUUACAGGCCUCUCUCAUCUUUUUAAGUGGGAGAACUUGCACAAUUGGUGGCUGACUAAAUACUUUUUUUCCCCACUGUAUAUGUGCAUUUUUAAGGCUCCAUUUCUUCAACUACACAAGUGUAACGUGCUGUAAUGUGACAACAACAUUUGUUCAGUCAUUUAUAUUCAACAAAAGCUUUUUUGAGGGUGUGUGUACUCCACUACAUAAGUGUAACAUGCGUCUUAACGUGACAACAUUUGUUCAUUCAUUUAUAUAUAUAAAAAGGUAAUUGUGUAUGUGUGUGUGUGUGUGUGUGUGUGUGUGUGUGUGUUUGUGUGUGCGCGCUUCAGCUUCAGCUCACAGAGGAAUGGCGUGACAUUCUCCUGUAGAAUUCUCUGAUACAGUGCAGAAUUCAUGGUUCCUUCUGUUAAGGCAAUGGUCAUGCAGCAAUAAACAAUAUUCCAAAACACACAAUUAAGACUUACAUGAAAAUAGCUAAAAAGCAACACGUGAAGUUUUGGAAUGACCUAGUCAAAGUCCAGACCUAAUCCCAAUCGAGAUGUUGUGGAAGGACUUGAAACGUGCAGUUCAUGCUUGAAAAUCCACAAAUGUCGCUGAGUUAAAGCUGUUCAGCAUGCAAGAGUGGGCCAAAAUUCCUCCACAGCGAUGUGAGAGACUGAUCAACAACUACAGGAAGCAUUUGGUUGCAGUCAUUGCAGCUAAAGGUGGCACAACCAGUUAUUGAGUGUAAGGAGGCAAUUACUUUUUCACACAGUGGAAUUGGGUGUUGCAUAACUUUGUUAAUUAAAUAAAUAAAAUAAGUAUAUAUUUUGUGUUAUUUGUAAACUCAGGUUCCCUUUAUCUAAUAUUAGGUUUUGGUUUACGAUCUGAUAUUACUCAGUAUAAAAAAUAUGCAAAAAGAGAAACUCAGAAAGGGGGCAAAUACUUUUUCACAGCACUUAGAUAGAUUUCAUAACCAAGGUCUUGUUUUGAGGGUGGCACCAUCGAGAUUAAUAUCAACAUGCUCCGCCCAGAUAUAGCAAGGACACAGUUGAGAUAAUAUUAGCUAAUUUGCAUAUCAUAAUUCAAAAACCCAUCAAUUUGUGAGCCAUGUCUACCUCCACGAGAACAAACUGGAGGUGUUCCACAACGACACCUUCUCUGGCCUGGAGACACUGGAGUACCUGCAGGUAGGCCUGCCAUCAUUACUACCCAUCAGAACCCUCAAUAAACACUGUGAUCAGUCAUCAUGUCUCCUGAGUGGCGCAGUGGUCUAAGGCACUGCAUCGCAGUGCUAACUGUGCCACUAGAGAUCCUGGUUCGAAUCCAGGCUCUGUCGUAGCCGGCUGCGACUGGGAGACUCAUGGGCGGCGCACAACUGGCCCAGCGUCGUCCAGGGUAGGGGAGGGAAUGGCCGGUAGGGAUGUAGCUCAGUUGAUAGAGCAUGGUGUUUGCAACGCCAGGGUUGUGGGUUUGAUUCCCACGGGGGGCCAGUAUAAAAAAAUAAAUACAUGUAUUCACUAACUGUAAGUCGCUCUGGAUAAGAGCGUCUGCUAAAUGAUGUAAAUGUAAUCAUCCAUACUUACUGUGACAAUGAUAAUAAAUGAUGUGUGAUCUCCUGAGCAGGGUGAGUUCCUGUUUGUGUCAUUUGACUUUACCUCUAUCCCCUCUACCUACAGGCUGACUACAAUGUCAGCAAACGCAUCGACAGCGGGGCGCUAUGCUACCUGCAUAAACUACGCGUGCUCAUCCUCAAUGACAACCUGAUCCCUUCUCUACCUCCUCACCUCUUCAGGUAUCUACCUGCUUAUUAACCCUUCACUGUGUUACACGUGGCUUACCAUGUCCACAUGAUGGGUCUGUUUCUCACUCUGUCUGAAGAAGUUGUUUUCAAUCACAUUUAUAACAUGUAUCAAUCAUGUUCCUUAUUCUUCAAUAACAUGAUCACCAAUUCCAAUCUUUCGCAAUGUGGAAAUUGGAAUUUCAGUUUCAUUCCUGAAUUGAAAUGGAAUUGACCCCAGCCCUAAUGAUCCCUUCCACCCCCAGAUCUGUGUCUCUGACCCACCUGGACCUGCGGGGGAACCGUCUGAAGAGCCUGGCCUACGCCGGGACCCUGGAGUACGUGGGCCGCAGCCUGAUGGAGCUCCAGCUGGAGGAGAACCCCUGGAUCUGUGGCUGUGAGGCUGUCCAGCUGCAGACCUGGCUGGGACACAUCCCCUACACUGCGGUGGUGGGGGACAUCACCUGCGAAUACCCCUUCCACCUGCACGGGAAAGACCUGAGGGAGAUACCACGCAAAGAGCUGUGUGCUGGAGAGGUGGAGGGAGAGGGGGAAAAGGAGAAGGAGAAGGAGGGAGAGAGGGAGAAGCAAGGAGGGGUACAGCCUCCUCAGCAUCCGCCCUCUAACCCCAAAGCGAACCCCAACCCUGGGAUGCCCAGACCCACCAAGCCAUCCUCCAUGGUUCACCAUCAGAACACACAUACCUCAUCUUCGUCAACGUCUUCAUCAUCAGCGGAGCGGAGGGAGAGAGACAGGUCCCCUCGGCCCACCAAGCGUCCCCGGCCCUCCAGGACGCCCCCCACCCAGCGUAGCCUCCUCCUCAACCAGCCCCCUCCCAUCGCGGGGUACCAGACUCGCCCCCCCAUCCCCAUCAUCUGUCCUCUGGGGUGCACCUGUAACCUCCACAUCUCAGGUACAGUUUGGAUGGUACCUCUUUGGCUCAGCAGUGUGACAUCAUCACACACAGCGGGGUGACUUCCUGCUCACAGAUAUAAACAACAACAACAUUUGAAUAGGCCAAGACUGCUACUAUUGGGCUCUUCACAAUGUGGCCAUGCCACAAGGGACACAAACUAUAGGGACAAUCAUGGCACUACGCACCAGCAGUGACAAAUCUGAAUGAUGUUGUUGUCUGUAAACAGGAAGUCGCCCCGCUGUGUCUGAUGAUGUCAUACUGCUGAGACUACCUUUGCAUAUGUGCUCAAUGCAAAACAAUUUGGGCUGAAAUGUUGUAUGAAAAGAGCUGUACAAAUAAAGUUGAUUCACUAUAAUUGUUCCAGACCUAGGGUUGACAGUCAACUGUAAGGAGAGGGGCUUCCAUAACGUGUCCCAGCUCACGCCACGCCCCCUCAACGGACGGAAGCUGUACCUCAGCGGCAACCUCAUCCAGUGGAUCUAUAAGUCAGAUUUCUGGAAUUUUUCCAGUCUGGAUCUGCUUCACCUGGGAAACAACCGGAUCUCCUUUAUUCAGGUUGUUGUUAGCCAGAGGAUCUCCUUUAUUCAGGUUGUCGUUAGCCAGAGGAUCUCCUUUAUUCAGGUUGUUGUUAGCCAGAGGAUCUCCUUUAUUCAGGUUGUUGUUAGCCAGAGGAUCUCCUUUAUUCAGGUUGUUGUUAGCCAGAGGAUCGCCUUUAUUCAGGUUGUCGUUAGCCAGAGGAUCUCCUGUAUUCAGGUUGUCAUUAGCCAGAGGAUCUCCUGUAUUCAGGUUGUCUUUAGCCAGAGGAUCUCCUGUAUUCAGGUUGUCUUUAGCCAGAGGAUCUCCUUUAUUCAGGUUGUCAUUAGCCAGAGGAUCUCCUGUAUUCAGGUUGUCGUUAGCCAGAGGAUCUCAUUUAUUAAUGUUGUCUUUAGCGAGAGGAGCUCCUUUAUUCAGGUUGUCUUUAGCCAGAGGAUCUCCUUUAUUCAGGUCAUCUUUAGCCAGAGGAUCUCCUAGGGUUCAGAUUAUGUUUUGCCAGAGGCUUCAUACACGGGGAGAACUAAUGGCCACGUUUGAUAUCUAUGAUUUAAUGAUGCGUAAAAAAUAAACAAUAGGCCUAUAACCUAGAUUACAGCGUACACAUGGAUAAAAUUGAGGGGCCCUGUAGCGCAAUGGGCAAGACGCCCCUGUAUUUACCUUCUCUUUUGCUCCCUCUCUGUCUCUCUCUCUCUCUUUCGCUCGCUCGCUCUCUCCGUGUGUCACGCUCUCUCUCUCUCCCCCCCCCCCCCCCCUCUCUCUCUUUGUCACUCUCUCUCCUUUCUCUCUCUCUUUCUCUCUGUCUGGUUCUCCAGGAGGGAGCGCUCUCCAGCCUGCCGACCCUGAGGAGUCUCUACCUGAACGGCAACAAACUGCAGAGGCUUAGCCCACACAUGUUCCUGGGUCUUCUUAACCUCAGGUAGGACUGACAGGCACACACAUGCACACACACACACACACACACUCCUGGCUUCUAUAUGAUCAUGUCUCCCUGUAGGUACCUGUACUUUGAGUACAAUGAGAUCGGUGUGGUGGAGGCGGGAGUGUUCAGCCCCAUGCCGUCUCUCCAGCUGCUCUUCCUCAACGCUAACCUGCUGAGGUCACUUCCUGUCGGAGUGUUCCAGGGCAUCUCCCUCUCCCGCCUCAACCUCCGCAACAACCACUUCCUCAGCCUGCCUGUAGAGGGGGUGUUAGAGCACCUCACUGGACUGGUGCAGGUAGGGGGAGGAAGGGAUGGGGAGGGGUCUUUGUAGGGGGUUACGUGCGUGUGCAGACAGGGUGUGUGUUGUGGGGCGGUGUGUAUGGGUAUAGGUGUUUGUGUGUAAAGUGCAAAGUGUAUGGGCACAGAUGUGUGUGUCAGUCUGUCUGUAAAGGGGAUCCUAGAGCAUCUAACUGGACUAGUCCAGAUAUGUAUAAUUUUGUACGGCACCAAUCACAUUCCUUUUGUCAUUAUCUCCUCCCAGGUGGACCUGCAGCAGAACCCAUGGGAGUGCAGGUGUGAUGCGGCCCCUCUGAAGCGCUGGCUGGAGGGCCUGAGUGCGGUGGUGGUGGUGGGGGAGGUGGUCUGUCACUCACCAGAAGAGACCACAGGUACUGGUGCUAAGCCUCAUGGCAGCACAGUUCACAUUACCAUACCAUUUACCAUUCCCCUCCCCUUGACGCUUCCCAGGUGUAA